AUGCUAGUGGGCUCGAGCCUGUGCAACCCGGGCGUCCUGUUCCCCGCUUUCGUGCACAGCCAGUUCCUGAUCGCGAGCCAGUCGCUGAACGGUUCGACGGUGAGCUCCAGCCCGCCCACUCCGGUUAACGAUGCCUCCGAUGGAAAGGGCUCGCCCGUGCCCCAGACGCCUUCCGAAAGGACGGGGGCGCCGCCGGGCGCGGGCAAAGACGCCGUCAAGCUGUUCAUCGGCCAGAUCCCGAGGCACCUCGAGGAGAAGGACCUGCGCCCAAUGUUCGAGCAGUUCGGCAAGAUCUACGAGCUGACCGUCCUCAAGGACAAGCACACCGGAAUGCACAAAGUUUUGACAAGUGGCGCGCCGGCGGUGCACGUGGGGCGGGCGGGCGCGCAUGCGUUUCCGCCGGACGCAUGCGCAUGUCGCGCCUCCCCGCAUGACGUCACGCGCCGGCCGGCCAGCCGCCAGUCGCGCCUCCGACCGCCGCGCACACAACCGACGACCACCGGCGGCAACCGCGGCCCGACUUCGCAACCAACCCGCCACUAUGACCCCCCGCUUAUGAUAACACGCCGCGCGCCCUUCGUU